UUUUUAAAAAAAAAAUUAAAUUCCCCUUUUCUUUUUUUUCUUUAGUUUACACUACGGCGUAAUUUUUUUUAAAAAAUUUAAAAUUUCCCUUUUCGCCUAAAUUAUUCGCUAUGGAAUGUACAAAAGCUAUGGAAUGCACGGAAGUAGCAUGGGAAAUCAUAAAACAUUUUCAGGAUGACUUUUCAACUUUAUAUUCAUGUUUUCAAGUUAACAAGUUAUGGUCUCGUUUAACAAUCCCAUUUAUAUGGGAAGAUCCAUUUUCAUUUAAACAACCGAAAAACUAUAAUUACAUUGAGGCUUACUUAUUUUUAUUAGACAUUUAGAUACAAAUAAAUUAAUCAAUUCUAUAAAAAAGUGGGAUGCAAUAGUUAAUCCGAUACGACAAAAAGGUCUCGUAAAAUUUAUCUAUAAGUCAUUAAUUAAAUUAUUUGUUGAAAGUGAUGCAAAUUUACUUACUCUUGAUUUUACAUAUAACCGUAAUUAUUAUAAUAUUACUAUUUCUCAAAUUAUUUUAAAUCCAAAUUUUAUUUGUAAUAUCAGGAAACUUUAUCUUAAGU